AUGAAUGUUCUAUUUUUAGUAUCCGAUGAUUUACGGCCGCAACUUGGCUCAUAUGCAAAAGACAGUUACCCUCCGUAUGUGUCUCCAAAAAUGUAUACACCAAAUCUUGAUUCUCUAGCUUCUAGGAGCUUAGUGUUGGAACGUGCCUACGUCCAACAAGCACUCUGUGGACCAAGUCGCGCAUCGCUACUAACUGGGCGUAGACCAGACACAACACAUGUCUAUCAAUGCGGACGUUAUUUUAGAGAAAAAGGAGGUAAUUUUACAACAAUACCACAGUAUUUUAAAAUGAAUGGAUACAGGUCAAUAGGAAUGGGUAAAGUAUUUCACAGUAAAGGUAAAAACUCAGGAGGAGAUGAUCCGGUAUCAUGGUCUGAACCUUAUUUUCAUGGGAUUCCUAACUAUGAAGAGAUUGGAAACAGUUGGGCAGCGAUACCAGAUAAAGAAUUACACUCCAAACCUUUACUAGACGACCAGACAGCAAAACAUGCAAUAGUUACCCUGCGAAAGCUUGCCACUGAUGUGAACACUGAUAAACGACCAUUUUUCUUGGCUGUCGGAUUUAGAAGACCUCACUUACCGUUUGUUUUCCCGAAAUCUUUUUUGAAAUAUUAUCCGGAUGUACACCUGCCAGAUAACCCUAAUCCGCCGUACAAUAUGCCCAGUGUAGCAUGGAACAGCUUUGGGAGGUUCACGAAUUAUAUCGAUGUAAAAUAUACGGGCCCUCGAAGCAAAGCAAAGCUUACUAAGGAAUCAACUUUGUCUCUACGCCGCGCUUAUUACAGCUCUGUGACCUGGGUGGACCAUCUAAUUGGCAAUAUUUUGCAAGAGUUAGACGAUCUUGGUUUAUCAAAUAAUACAAUAAUCUCCUUUAUUGGUGACCAUGGAUAUCAGCUUGGUGAGCACGGGGAAUGGGGAAAGCAAACAAACUUUGAAUUAUCUAAUCAUGCACCAAUGAUGCUACAUAUCCCAGGAAAAACAAAUCAAGGAAUAAGAAGUAAAUCUCUAGUGGAGUUUGUGGACUUAUUUCCUACGUUGGUAGAUUCUGUGGGGCUAAAACAGUUACCACUGUGCCCUCAACAUUCAGCAAACAUAGAAUCGUGCCGCGAAGGUAUAAGUUUUUUACCUUUAAUAAACGAACCAACUAAACCAAUAAGAGAAGCUGCUUUCUCACAGUAUCCCCGUCAAAACUACAUGGGAUAUUCUAUAAAAACGGAUCGAUAUCGAUAUACAGAGUGGCCCGUAUUUGAUAAUAUAAAGUUUAAACCAAAAUGGUCAAAAUCUCCGAGAAUAGAGCUGUACGAUCAUAAAUUAGACCCGGAAGAGAACAGAAAUCGUGCAUUUGAUAAAAGUUAUGACCUUAUAAAACAAAGACUGAGUAAAAUACUCCGAGAAGGGUGGAAACGAAGUUUAAUUAACUCAUUGGAUGUGACUGAAAACAAAACACAUGACGUGUUGGAACAUUAUCAUAACAAUAAAAAACCGACAAUAACUUAUUAUUUGAUAUUUGGGAAUAUGAGUUUCUUUAUAGUGAUGAUAAUGAUUUUCUGGAAAUGGGUUACUCAUAGAUAG